AUGGAUUUUUUAAACCAUAACUACUUGAACGCCCGCACUUCAUACGAUUACACUUUUAAUUUUUGGAAUGACUAUCUUGGACUGUCGACACUGGUCACAAAGAACAAGCACAGUGUUCCACAAAGUCCCAACUCCAUCACGGAGUCCUUGAAAGCAACUCUGGGCUUGGACGAUUCCCCAGCGUGUGCGUGCGUAAUCUCGGCCAGCGGUGAGGGCGGACACCUGGACUGCUGUUGUCCAUCCGCAAGCCCCCCGCCUACCUCCAUCCUCGACUUGAAGGAGCGCUUCGCCAUACUGAGCCCUUUCCAAAACCAAAGCGGAGGGGUCCCGCCACAAGAGAGAGAGAUGAGCUUCGGAGGGAGCUUCGCUGGAUUUGAUCUUUUUGGCAUGGAGAGGAAGAUGAGGAAGCCGACUGCAAGAAAUAAGCAGGAGCCCAAGAUCUGCGUCUUCUGUCGGAAUAACGGAGCGCCCGAGGAGGUCUACGGCUCCCACGUAUUGAAAACACCGGACGGGAGGGUCGUGUGUCCCAUUCUCCGGGCUUACACUUGUCCCUUAUGCAGUGCCAAUGGGGAUAAUGCGCAUACAAUAAAGUACUGCCCGCUCUCCAAAGAUCAACCUGCCCAGCGACCAUUGAAGGGAGGGAGGGCGGUGGGUGGUAAGCGAGUGAAAAUAUUUUAA